CGCAGCCGGGCCAACUAAGAGACAUACGGCCAUCUCAACUCUCUCGACAAUCUCAAUUCUCGACUCAGGACUCAGGUCAGCCACUGGCCCACUCAGCCCGCCACUCCGCCAGCCCGGGACACCGGCGAUUCAGGGCGCCGGCGACUCCGACGCAGUGCGCCAGCCGCCAGUUCGAGACGCCAACCUCUUGGCCUAUUCCAACUCCAGUUAUCUCUACACUUUUUGUAGUAGCAGGUGAAGCUUCAAUUUAUCUUUGGUCUGUUAGUCACACGCCACCUGAUCGAUGAAAUGCCACAGAGGAGGUGAACGAAAGUAUGAUUAUAAUGUGAUGGUGAACUGUAUAGUGAAGAACCCAGCUUCUGGUGGUUCAGUGGAAGCAGGUUUCGUAGAAAUGUUAUUGUUGUGAAGUUUUGUUAGGCGAUAGCCAUGAGAGCUGUGAAAAACCUCCUCUGUGUGUCAAGGGUUUUGUCAGCCAGGCAGAAUGCUGUGAUCAGAAUGAAUUCCAUUUCGUACCACUGCUUGGAGGAACCGAAGUUGGAGUCUUUUUCGUCUGAUUGGUAUGAAAAAGCCUUCUCAAAGCUAUCAAUGUUAUCUCACUUGCUGAAUAAUGUGGAUGUCAUUAACGGUAGGACUGUUAAUGUGAUUGAUGAAUCGAUAAUUGAAGAUGAUGUUUUGCUAGAAAACAUGCAUCUUUUUAAGUCUCUAGCAAGAGAUUUUAUUGGGUGUCCUUUUGUUCAAGAAAUCAUUAAGAAAAAUAUUAUUAUGUCUUUAGGGAGCAACGCAAAGGAGAACCAGCAGCUUCCUUGUUUCAAUCAAGCUGGUGAGAGAGAACCAAUGACUGUGGAUUCACUCACAAAGGUUUCUGAGAUCUUGAAUAUUUCAGCUCAACAAAGGAAGGUAGUCAGGGCAACGAUAUGCCCCCAGGUAACUCAACAUCAGAUAUGGACUGGUGCACUUGAGGUGAUACUAGAUAAGUUGAAAUCUGAGAUGGAGUAUUUGGAUUCUAAGUUCCCUAGUAAAGAAACUAAAAUGGCAAAGCAAAUAGUUUUGAGCUGUCUGAAGGUUUUGGACAUUGCCAUUUCUUACAACCCCGAUUCCAGUUCAUGGAUGCGAGUUGCACCCACAAGAGAUGCCAAUUCACCUCCAACUUCACACAAGUGGGAAGACAUUCUUGAGAUGUUCAUUGAUCUUGCUGACGGCUUGAGUGAGGUAUCAAAAUUAUCUUUAGAGAUUAGGAAGAUAGAGGUCAUGAAAGAAGGUCUGUAUCAGAUAAGGGAUAUUCAGAUAGAUAAAAACAUUGGAUACAGGGAAAAUCGCCAUCAAGAAAGCUUAGUACAAAAGAUAUUAACUAAGAGACUGGGCCACUCAUCUCGGUGCUUAUUUACACUUCUCACUUAUUAUCUAUAUGGUAGCGUAAAUGAUAUUGAAGUAGAAGUUCGUGGGGGACUAUACGCUGUUGGUCAUGGGGAUAAGUUCCGCCUUUGCAUGGGGAAAAUAUUGACAUCAUAUGAAGACAAGAUGCUUUUGAGAGGAGUGAAGCAGCUCGAACGAGCCCUGGGGUUGUUUAAGUUUAUAUGGGAAACAGCCAGAGUGAAAGGAGACCUUGAACUGCAAGGCCAUUUAUGGUGCAUUGGCACUCAUAGCAGAUCACUCACAUAUAGAGGGACUACAUUCUUGUUGCAUGGGAUUGAUUGUUUUCAUUAAGGGACUUUACGAUUGAAGGUUUACCACGUUGGGAAGACACUUUCAUUUCUGUUCUUGAUAAUUGCUGCAAUGGUUUAUUGUGCAUUUAUUUUUAAAAUAAGGAAAUUAGUUUGACACAUCAAUGGGUGUCUGUUCAAGUUGCAAUGUGGGAACCAGAUUCUAAGAGGUUGGACGAAUUGGUACAGGCAUUUGUUAUGAUAUUUGAUUUCAGAAGCUAGUUAUGCUAUAUGCAUCGAGAGGCAUUCACUUGCUGCUAUCCUGGUGCCUUUAACAUGACUACUGGAUCACUCCACUGGGAAUUACUACAGAGGGGCUGCAGAUAAUCAGCCAACUUAAGGAUGACGGCUUAUCUGCCACAACAAAAUUGUGUCCUCUCAUCAAGUCAUUAGUAUUAAUGUCAUGCCCAUCAGUUGGGUCUGAUGGGCUCUUGUCUUUAUGUGGGCUUUUAGAUUUGACUUAUCUUGACCUGUCCUACACCUUCCUGGUCAAUUUGCAGCAGGUAUUGAAAUUGCAAGCAUGCAUGCCAGCAAGACAUGGAGAUGACCAGAUGGUUUUUGUUGUAAUAAAGUUCAUGUCUAUGCGUGAGACUGUGUGGGAAAGAGAUUUGGAUGGAACAACUUGGAAUCUUAAGAUGAAGGCCGACGACGGCUCUGUUCAUGAACCUGUACCAGAUCGGCCGAGGGAGCCACAAAAACUGUGCUGGUUAUGCUAAUCUCCAACAGCUGCCAAAGUAGAGGAGUUUCACUGACCUCCCUUCGUCCAUUCAUGGUUGGAAGAGCAAGUUCGUCUUCGUAUCUUUGGGUGAGGACAGCACGGAGUUUCCCUCGGUUGGUCAUGACGGUAAGUUCACCAUUCACGACGUGCCGAAGAGCAGUAUUUUGGAUGCCCAGGUAGCGGCAUUUCUUAAGGAAGGGCCGAGGAGCGUGAAACAUUACAUUACAGAGUAUAAGAUGACCGCCCUCGGCUUCAUGAGGUAUAAUGUGUACGGCGACAAGGAAAGUGACAUCGAGCUGUGGCCGAAGAUGACCACCACCUUUGAGGAGGCCGACGGCCCGGAUAUGGGCAUUCCUACUGAUGCCGAUGACUUCACUAUGGAUCGUAGAUCCGUCAUUGCCCUAGCCAAAGCUAAGGCGAAGGAGGAGAUGGCUGCAAAGGAGGCCGCAAAGAUGGCCGCUGCGAGCGGCGCCCAACCAAGCUCUGAUGCGGUGAAGAAGCCAUCAACGCAGCCGAAGAAGAAGCGGCCUGCUGAUGACGGCCAGAAAAAACUUACCGAUGCCGGCAUGCAAUCCAAGAAGCCGAAGAGGGCUUCCCCUCUGGCGGAUGUUGGUGCUGGAGGUCUGGCCAUACCGGAUGAUGAUGCCGGGGGCUCAAAUGCCAUUGUCGUUGUGGACGUGGUUUCGGUCCCCUCUUCGGUGGUCCUAUCUCAGCCGCCGCCUAUCGGCCAAGAGCCCCGCAAGCAAAGGGCCGACAAGGAGCUGGCCGGUGGGAUCUACAAGCUCGAGGUCGAGUAUCCCGUGAAGGGUGGCGUCUUCAAUGACGCCGUUGACGGCCACGAUGUCCUGGCCCAGGCUGUCCCGGUCGAGGAUCGGGCUUAUUUGAAGAGGCUGGGUCCCGUCAGGAUCUACGAUGGCGGUAUGGACCUCAUCGUCCAAGGCGCUCUCAUGCUGAUGGAGAGCCACAAACGGCAGGAGCAGGAGAUUGCCCGCCCGAAGGAGGCUGAGAAGAAAGCCACUUCGGCCGAGGAGGCCAUGGCCUACCUGGAUCAUCUCCGGGAGGAGGUGAAGGCCUUGCAGAAGGGGGUUGAUGAGGCCGACGUGGCCUACCGGUAGGUGGCAGCCGAUAGGGACGAUGCUUUGAGAGCCAGGGAUGAAGCCCUGAGAAGCCGUGAUGAGGCCCUGCUUCGGGCCGAGGACGCUGCGAGGGCUCAGGCGGAUUCUGAAAGGGCUGCUGAGAAGGCCGUUGACGGCGCCAUCGAGAGGUUCCUGGCCAAAGGCUGGAAGGCCGAUGACCGCCGGCCCUGGUGCUACGAAGUCGUGGCGGACCGGCUCGAAGACUGGGGCCAGAACUGCCCUGCUAGCCAAGAGUAUUUUGCUCGUGAAAUGACUGUGUACUACGACAUGGGUCAGCAAAGGAUGCAGCGGCUGAUAUACCGGAGGCUGCACCGGGCGUUCAAAAAGCUGAAGCUCACCCAGAAGUGGGCUAAGAAGAACCUGAAGCUUCCACGACUGAUGAGGGAUCCGGAGGCCGAAACGAAGCUCCACCCGUCUGAGAGGCAGGAUCCGGUGCUCAGCUCUUCAAUCGGGGAGCCUGACUGGUCCAGCGAUGACACUCUGGCCGAUACUGCCGUCUCCUCAGCAGCCGAGGCCACCGGAGGUGCCAGGACGGAGGAGGCCGAAGCGGAGCGGGUGGCCGAGGAGACCGUCCCCGAGAGUUGAUCGGCUGACUUAUCAUUUUGUAAUUUAGCUGGGCUGGUGUUUGUAACGCCCUUCUCUUUAGUAAUGGCCGUUGAGCCCUCCUUAUGUAAUGACCUUAUAUGAAUGAAAUGUGCAAUGUUUCCGACCUUAUUCUGUCUUCUCAUCGUCAUGUUCUUCUUUUGCGUUUGUUCUCAACUUUUCCAAGAUUUUUCUAAGUGUUUGGAAUUGGGACUUAGGUUAUUUUUCUAGGUACCAAGGUUUCACGUGAGUGGGUGUCCGCGUCGUCUUUGCAUCACGCCCCCCCUUUUCUUUUGCCCGAGACUUUGGAAAAUUUUCUAAGUGUUGAACUAUAUGCCACACUUGGUGAUCUCGUCGGCUCUGUGUUUUUUUCGGCCUUUCUUUUUGUUCCCAUGCUCCGUGUUUGAACAGGAAGUCACAUCUGUUUUAUGUAUUCGUAGCCGAUGAGGGCAUCUGUCCUUUGCCCGUCCUAUGUAACUUAGCCUUGACUGAGUGGAUAGUGCUGUUGUCCCCUUCGGCUUUAAAUGUUUUUGCUUGUUGCCUUCGUUAUUCCAAUUUUGAAAUUUGUCUAAGUGUCAAACCAGCACAUAGAUAGCUACCGCCCGUUGCUGGGGCCGAGGCGGGCGUUUGAGUGCCUGCUUCGGCUUGAGGCUGUCCCCUCGUUAUUCAAUACUUUGGAGAUUUCUCUAAGUGUUGGGCCAUGUAGUUUUCUUCUGCUUAGUACCGUUGUCGGCCAAUUUGGGCGGUGUGGCCGAUGAAGGUACCCGGGUGUUGCGCACCCGGGUGCUUGCCUUUUCCUUCGCAUUUGCUUUCUUCAAAAAAAUUUCUAAGUGUUUGAAAUUCACUUAGGCAACUUUCUUCAAAAAUUUUCUAAGUGUUUGCAAUUCCCUUAGGCAACUUUGCCCUUUGUUGUUCGCUUCUUCUUGGGGAUGCCUUUUCCCUUUUGCCUUUGAAAUUUUUCGAAGUGUUCAUCUUGAGUAGCCGCCUAGGUUUUAGCGCUUUUAACGGCCAGCAAGAAUGUUGUGGCCGGUAAGCGUUGCCGUCAGUGUGUUCAACUUUCUGUCCUGGACCUCUUUUCUGGUGUUCAACUCCAGGAUUGUGUUAAGUGUCAAGCUGGGACUUGGUUUGCAUGCUGAGUGUUGGAACUCGGUCGGUCAUGGCCGAUGAAGGUAACCACCCUCGUUUCACCCAACCACUUGGUUAUGAUUCUAUAGGUGCAUGCUCCGUCCUUGACACUUUCCUCAUAGGGGGUGGCCGCUUCGUCCGAGUUACCAGUUGGUAGUGUUACCUUCGUAUUCAACUGAUAUGUACUUAGCCAAAUGUGGCUUGAUUUGUGGGAAUUUAUUUUUACUGCUCGAGGCCGGCAAGUGCGCACGGUCCUCGGCUUCCCUUUUUUUUUGUUCCCUAUUUCGGGGAGUGUCCUUCUUUCAGGCUUCGGCCGAAGGGGUCGAUAGUCCUCCGGUUGGUUUGGACUUCGUUUAUAACGUCCAUGAUCUCAGGGGGGUCCCAUCGCCUAUUUAUGACGCGGGCUAGACUUUUUGGUUGGUUUCCAACGCCUGCCGUUGCCCAACCCUGAGUUUGGGGAUUUUGUCACCUCGGCCAUGAUUUCAGGCCUGUCGUCCUGCGAUCAGGCGCGUAGACGACGCGGUGAACUUCUCAUUUCAAGACGCGGGCCAUUUGUGGGUCCAUCGUCCUGGGGACAUCGUCAGCCCUGCCUGAGCGUUUCGCUCUUUCAGCUGGGCCUAAACCUUUCGCGGAUGCAAAAUACAAUGGAGCAUACCUGAGCCUUUCGCUCUAAGGCUGCAGAUGCAAAGCGCCACAUCGGCCAUGCCUGAGCCUUUCGCUCUAAGGUGGCCGAUGAGGGCGCCCGUUAAUGUUUUACUCAAAUUCCAAGAAAUCAAAGGAAACAUGAUUUUUAUUCAUAAGUGGCUCAAGGCCGAGGGUGUUGUUCAAUCAAUAACCCGUCAAGGGGUGAGGGCUUCGCCGGCUGCACCUCCUUCGGAUUAUUGAUAAAACUUCACCAGAUGGCGUACAUUCCACGUUCGUGGUACAUUGGUCCCAUUUGGGCGUUUAAGCUUGUAGGAGCCGGGUUUCACCACGGUACUGACGAUGUAGGGACCUUCAUACUUCAAGGCUAGCUUGCCCCCUUCCGUCAGCUGACUUGCUUCCCUUCGGCGGAGGACGUAGUCCAAGAAGCGAAAGUCAAAUGUAGCUAGAAAAAAGCAGGAAAAAAAGUAUACCAAGAGUCCAAGACUUAGUAUAUUGCAUGCUCUCCAGUUCAUGAGAAGGGUUCUGAAGUGUUACUUUUGUUGGAUUUAACACUAGAAAAUUCAAAAUUUAUAGUGGCAUGUUUGUUUUCUCGAUAUUUUCUGAUGCUUGUUCAUUGACAUUUUUCUUUCAUACCCACCAUUCAGUCACUUCAAUCUUACACUUCACCAUAUUUUUGUAACCUAGGAAAAAGCUUGAACCACUGGAAUCUUAUGUACCAGCUGUGUUAUUGGCUCAGUUGCAGAUCAAACAAUUAGGGAAAUCUCUGGAAGUUGAUCAACCGAAAUAUGCUGACUGCAGGAGUCUAUUACGUUCUGGUCCUGCUGCAUCUCUUCGUGUUAAUAUCCGAGCAGUGGCUCAAUAUGCAUCUGAUGAUGGCAAUGGUUCUUUAGCCUUCAGUAAAGUUGAUCAAUGCUUGAGGUACCAAGUUUGGAAGAACUUGACUCAUUGCUUUUGCAUGCAUCGAGAAAUAAACAAGAUGCAUCUGUUGAAUCUAUGAAGGGAAAGACCACUGCAGCAAUCAUUGCACUAGACGAACUUCUAAAAACGGUGCCGCCCAAUGUACUUGACCAAGGGCGAACUGUAGCUGAUGCAUACAUGGAAAGGUCUCAGGAGGAAGAAGAUGAAGUACCACCAGAUAUCAUGGACCCAAGUUUAAAGCAGUUAGAAUCCAUAUUGUGAAUGUGAUUACCGUGUACUGAAGUCUUUUCAUGGAAAUUGCCAGGCUUUAGUUUGGACUAAUUAGAUAUCUAUCUGGAUUAGUAACGAAUCGCAU